CUCGGGAAGAAUUUAGAUAACAUACUCUCAGAGGUCAUCUUCUGGAUCCCAAUGUUAAAUUCAUCCCGUAAAUCUAUUAUUUUGCUCAUAUCUUGGCAAUCAACGGACUCAGAGAUUGCCCCACGGCACCGCUUUCACUUUUACUAUACGAGUACGACGAAAGAGCUAAAAGAUAGCCCAAGUCGCACCUGAACUUACUCCGAACUCCUGAAUCACCUUCCAUCUAUCUACUUCAUCUUCCUCAUUUAUCUUCUCUAUGAAGACGUGGAUGUCUUGAAUUCUCCCCGUCUUUUUGAAUAGGAGCGCUCUCCUCCGUGUCCCUCACUGUUCCCGCCCUCUGUUACACCCAGGCUACCAUGGCUUACAACAAGUCCUACAACCCCGAUGCGCUGCCAGCGCAUGCUGAACCGGAACAAGUCGCCCAGUUGAUCGGCUCGAUGCAAGUAUCCUCGCAACCGCAGGCUCAGCGACCUCCUCGAACAUCGUCUCAUGCUCCGCCCGGCGGUCACCCUCAGCGAGUUCCCGCCACGAACGCUCAGAUCAACAAGCCCCUACCUGCGACCGGGCCGCCACCCACAAACCAUGCGCGUCCGCAUCCCCUCCACCCCUCGCCUCCACCCCAAAACUACGGCUUCGGGCCCCCUCCCUCGCAGCCCCUCUUCCCACUCUUCCGCGCGGCCAAUGCCUCGCACUCGGGUGCUCUGACCGAGAUGGAGCUCGGAUCCGCCCUCGUAAACGGCGACUAUACCUCUUUCCAUCCCAAGACGGUCAAGAUGAUGAUCCGCAUGUUCGACCGGAACAGCAGCGGGACCAUCUCGUUCGACGAGUUCGUAGCGCUGUGGCGGUUUCUCGCUGCGUGGCGGGAGCUCUUUGACCGGUUUGACGAGGAUCGCAGUGGGCGCAUCAGUCUGCAGGAGUUUGAGAAAGCGCUGGUUGCGUUCGGGUAUAGGCUCAGCCAGCCAUUUGUCACGGUGCUCUUUACCACGUUUGAGAGCAAGAGGCAACAAAUAAACGGGGGACAUGGACCGGCCAAGGAUGGGAUGAGCUUCGAUCUCUUUGUGCAGGCGUGUAUCAGUCUGAGACGGAUGACGGACGUGUUCAAGCGGUAUGACGAGGAUCGGGACGGGUAUAUCACACUGAGCUUUGAGGAGUUUUUGACUGAGAUCUUACCGUUACAGGACUAGAGAGGCAUGGGUGGACUGUGCAUUGUGUGUACAUGAUUAUUCUGUGUUUUGAAAGUGUGUUUGACUUCUUGUGUUUUUAUGCUUCUUUUCCCCCCUACAUACAUUAUACCCCUGAAUCAAUCAUUGAAGCCAUGAUACAGCUCGUCACAACCUCAAUGGUUGUCUCACUGAUGCUGUGCUCCCGUGCCAAGGAAUGCUUGAUAUUAGACAUUGCAUAUGACGCUUGAGGAAAAUAAAAAGAAAAAGAAAAGAGCUCGGAGAAUAAAUUAUUUUAAAUUGUUCUAUCAAAU